AUGACACUGGCAACCUUUUCGGCUUCGGAUGUGACGGUUGCAGAGUUUUCCAAAUGCUGCGACAACAAUGUCAGCAACGGGUCGAUACUUCCACGAAUGUUCUCAACAACUGCCGUGCAACCCCCUCCAAAGAAAAAAAAAGAGCAAAUGGGUAAGAGAAAAGCUACUUAUUGGGACGACCUGCUGAUAUUGCGCAAGCCGGCGGCUACCAGCAUUACCUGCAUAUAA